AGCGGAGUCAGAAGCCGUGCGAGAGAAGGAAGCGGGCGCGGGAAUCCCCUUUAAGUUUUGCCUGCCUUUCCAACAAACGCGCUUUGGUGCUUCAUCGGGUGCGGCUGUCUCGCUUUGGUGCACCAUCGGGUGCAGAGCCUUUCCUUGUUUCUUUCUCAGAAAGCAAGGUAGGGCGGACGAGUCUUCUCUUGAGUUCUCACCGUCAAUGUUCUUAUGACUGAGAAAAAGCUUCUGGAAGUGGUAUAUUUGGUCCCCUCGACCCUAAAUUAGAGGUGUGCUUGCACGGAAAGAGGUAUUCUUGCAAACGGAAAACCAGGAAGCGACCCUUUCGUGAGUUCCCUGUUUACAGAAACUACAAUUGGAUGAAAGGGAAGAAGAGACAACACCCGCUUCUUUUAAUUGGGUUUGGUGACCAGUCAUGGUGGGCCAUCACGACCACAUGUUCAAAGUCUUGAUUAUUGGUGAUGCCACAGUUGGGAAGACCUCGUUAGUCCAGCGAUAUGCCAAUGACAGUUUCAACAAGCACUACAAGUCUACCGUAGGAGUGGAUUUUGCUCUGAAGGUGGUGCAAUGGUCAGAGUCUGAGACAGUGAGGUUACAGCUAUGGGACAUUGCUGGUCAGGAACGUUUCACAUCAAUGACUCGACUGUAUUACAAGGAGGCAGCAGCUUGUGUCGUCAUGUUUGAUGUCACCAAUUUUAGCACAUUCACCAGUUGCCAGAAAUGGAAACAAGAUUUGGAUAGCAAGGUGAAACUGCAAGAUGGAAGUCCUAUCCCUUGUCUGCUAUUGGCUAAUAAGAGUGAUCUUUAUCCAUGGGCUAUGACUAGAGAAGAAAUUGACCAAUUCAGCAAAGAGAAUGGCUUUACUGGUUGGACUGAGACAUCUGUCAAGGAAAACAAAAAUGUAAAUGAGUCAAUGAGGGUCCUUAUUGAAAAAAUGAUGGUCGCAACUUGGCCAGGUGAUAAAGACAUGUCUGUUUCAGGCCACGGGGACUAUAUCAAUCUGAAAGAUGAAUCCACAUCCAACUGGGGUUGCUGCUAACUAUAUUUGCCUCUUCAUCUGACCAGAAGUCUAAAGUGCCAUUCAGACAAAUCUAUAUACUUUUUAAAGCACUCACAAAUUCUCUCCUUGCACUGUUGAGAAAAUGAAAAGGCAAUCCUCAUUCUAGCAGGGACAAUGGAAAAUACUGUCUUAGGUACUUAUGAACCACAAUGUACACUUUCCCCAUUCCAUUCAGCAUUGCCUCAUCAGCUUCCUCAAGGAUGAAGGAUCUUCGGCAGAUUUCAGCUCCUGACAGUUAAAAGAAGAUCUCCACUACUCUUGAUCAAAAAUACCACUGCAGGGAGUAUGGGUAUUGGGAUCUUUCAAAUAUCCAAAAGCCUAGCCUGAGGAAUCUUGUGUUUGACAGUUUAUCCACUAAGUCUUCCUCUACUCACAUUUAGCACAGACUUCUUUUCACAAGUCUUUUGUGGAAAGAGGCUUUGGACUGCCUUGUGACGCAGCUGCUGAAUCCUCUUACUGCAGCUUUUCUUGAAGUGCCAUUUUUGGCCCAUGAGAAAUCAUUUGGUACUUUUGUCUUUUUCGCCAAUAAUGUUAUGUCUAAACCUAGGAAAAUUCUAUGAACUCUGACCAUUUUUGUCUCUGCUUUUAUGUUAGGCAUGCAGUUGUUAAGCUCUUUCUUGAAGUUAUUGUAUUAGAAGAGCCAGCAGUGAAGAGAGGCUAAAGCCAUAAACUUCAUUGCACUGAUACACCUUAACUUACACUGAUACAACUUAAUGCACCAGCCAUAUUUUUCGUCUUUAUAACCCUUUCUCUUGCAGGAUCUUAUCUGCCUCUUUUCAGAUUCUGAUGAAUUACUUGUCUUCAGCCAUCCAACUUCUUAGUUAGAUAGCCAGCAUGGUAGGCUGUUUGAAAGGCCACCUACUGGUUUAGUGAUCUGAGGAACAAAACAAAAUAAAGAGCAUAGCAGGACAAAAGCUAGAGUUAAAAUAUUUCCGGUGGCUUUUAUUUUUAUUUUUUUAUAUAAAAAGUAGUAGGAAUUAACCCAAUUUUGCUGGGAUUAUUAGCUGGCAGCCUUCU